AUGAUGCGCCCUCUUCUUCUAUCAAUGUCCGGCCGACGGGUGGUCCAAAGCUUAGGCAACUCCGACCCAACGAAACAACCCUUCGUGAAGCUAUUCUCUGUUCUCAACAGGCCUCCACCGAAAUACGAUGGUCAUGUUCCUCUCACGAACUUGGAAAAGGCUGCCCUGGGCGUUGGUGCGGCCGUCGGAGCCUUUUUGAAUCCAUAUCGAGCUGACCUAGUUGCUGCGACUGGCGAGGUGACCGCUGGUCCUUUUCUCGAACGUCUUCGAGACACGAUGCUCGCAAGUGAGACCGGCCGCCGCAUACUACGAGAUCGACCUCGAAUUACACCGAAGACUAUGCCUCUCGACAUGUUACGCUCAUUACCAGAAAACACGGUCGGCCGCGUUUACGCAGCCUUCUGCGAGCGCUAUCAAUUCUCCCCCGACGGGAGGGAUAAAGUCAGGUAUAUCGACGACGAAGAGUGCGCCUUUGUGAUGCAGAGGUACCGAGAAUGCCAUGAUAUCUAUCAUGCAGUUCUGGGCCUUCCGCCAUCCUUUGUCGAGGGGGAAAUCGCAUUGAAAGCAUUCGAGUUUGUCAAUACCGGUCUACCCAUGACAGCCCUGAGUUUGUUUGCUGUGGCUAGGCUAAAACCCCAGGAGCGGGACCGCUUCUUCCGCAUAUACCUGCCAUGGGCCUUGAGAAGCGCCUGCCGCUCUAAGCCUCUGAUCAAUGUUUACUGGGAAGAAGAACUAAGCACUGAUGCAAACGUGCUUUUGACGCGCUUGGGCAUGGAGAGACCCCCCGAUAUGCAUGACCUUCGUCGGAAGGCUAGGAAGUGA